AUGACCGCUGCGGGAGUCUCUCCGUCCAGCUCCCCGCGGCUUCCUAGCCCUCCUCCUUUGACUGAGGUCCAAAUUGGGCCUCUGUCGCCAUCGAUUGGCGAACCUUUUGGAGCCGAUGCAGAGUCAUUAGUCUCUGGAUCUGGGGAAGACGAUGGCUCAACGCGCAGGAUUCGACCUGGGACCAGAGCGGCUGAUAUGGCUUUCGGUCCGCCGCUGAUUCCCCUUUCGCAGCUUGACUCUCCCUUCCAGCUCCAGGAACACCUUAAAGCUCUUUACCAUCAUUUCACGAAACCCGAAGGAUCUGACACGGUGGUCCCAAUUAACCGCCAGGUUGCGGUACGGCUAGCAGAGCCUCCGGAGGGAGUCGACCGAUCGCUUUGGCUUUACGAGCUGUGUCGCUUUCUCACUAUGAAAGUUAAUAACCUCAUCAUCGCCUUUUUCGCAGAAAGCCCACCCUGCUCGUCACAAACGUGCCCGGAGAUGCGAGCUUCGGAGUGGCAGUAUCUUUGCGCGGUCCACGAUCCACCCAAAUCAUGCUGCGCGAUUGACUACUGCUGCCACACUCUGGAUUGGGCGACUAAUACCCUCACAUCGCCGAAAUAUUUCCCCAGCCGACUCACCUUGGGGUCCGAGGGCGCUGGAGGGCCCCAGGCCAGCAUGAGACAUCUGACGAACAUCUUCCGCCGGCUCUAUCGCAUUUUCGCACACGCUUGGUUCCAGCACCGCGAUGUAUUCUGGGAAGUGGAAGGUCAUGAUGGUCUGUACGUCUUUUUCAAGACAGUUUGCGACAUGUACAGCCUGAUCCCUCAUGACAACUACACCAUUCCGACUGAGGCCGAGGGCCCUGAUGCGGUUCAGCCGGCCGAGGAAGAGACCGUCGACAACAAGCGUCUUACCAUUCUACGCAAGGAUGAAGAUCCCUUUGCUGAUCCUACCCUUGGCACUGGUGCAACUACCCGUCGUCACAAGCACAGCCCUUCGACCGGAUCCCGUGUCACUACCAUCGCCGAAGGCGCAGAAGAUCUGGAAGAUAGCCCUGAGGACCCAUCGCCCUUGCGCGAGGCCCUUGCGCAGUCUCCUGGGCCGCGUCCCGUUUCCGUCUUGGAGAUCCCCACUGAGACUGUCGAUGCGGACGUUGUGGAUGAACCAGCUGUUCCAGAGGCCCCAGAAGGUGAGCCAUCCGAAGAUCCAAUCGUUGACUCUGAUGAGCAACCCGAGGAAAAAGCCCAAGCUGAGGAGAAGACGCUCCCUGAAGAAGAAAUUCUCCCAGAGAGUAAGGAGCAGCCAUCCGAAGCGCCCGAGGAGCCUGUGACUACAGAAAAGCCCGAGUCCGAUCAGCCAGACAUCAGCGAGGCUUCUCAGCCUGCCGAGAAUGCCGUCAGCGAAAGCGAUGAAGCGGCAGCGCCUUCCGAGGAGCCUGAAACGAAGAAUGAAACCGAGUCAGAAGUUGCUACUGCAGCGGAUACCAAGCCCGAGCCCGAGAAGGAGUCUUGA